ACUACAUCAGACUGCGGAGCUAAAGUUUUGGGAUCUGACUUUGUUUUUCUGUGCGAACUAAAACAUUGAGAACAUUUAGAGCUGCUCUUCGACACUCCACCUGUUUGGAGCUAAAUGACAAGUGGGCAGCAGAGCUGAGCAGUGAUACUCGGGGCACCAUGGAGAGCAAUAAGGGAUUACUUCGCUGUAAGAUUGUGGUGGUCGGCGAUACGCAGUGUGGCAAGACGGCUCUCCUUCAGGUGUUUGCCAAAGACUCGUACCCGGAGAAUUAUGUUCCCACCGUGUUUGAGAAUUACACAGCCAGCUUCGAGAUCGACAAACAGAGGAUCGAGCUCAACAUGUGGGACACUUCAGGUUCAGCCUACUAUGACAAUGUGCGGCCGUUAGCGUAUCCUGACUCAGACGCUGUCCUCAUCUGCUUUGACAUCAGCCGUCCGGAAACACUGGACAGCGUGGUGAAGAAGUGGCAGGGGGAGACGCAGGAGUUCUGUCCCAAUGCCAAAGUGGUGCUGGUCGGCUGCAAGUUGGACAUGAGGACGGACCUGAACGUCCUGAGGGAGCUUUCCAAACACAGACUCCUUCCUGUCACCCACGAGCAGGGAACUGCUUCGGCGAAGCAGAUCGGAGCUGCGGCCUACACGGAGUGCACGUCAAAGUAUUCAGAGAACAGCGUCCGUGAUGUUUUCCACGUCACCACCCUGGCGUCCGUGUCCCGUAUCCAUCGGCCCCAACUCAAAUGUGCUGGCUCACGUCGAGGACUGAUUCACGAGCACCCACCCGCCAUCAGAAAGGACCGGGCCAAAAGCUGCGUGCUCAUGUAGGACCCGUCUGACCAGCAGCCUGACCCGUGUGUGCGCCGAUGGACAUGAAACCAUACUGCACAUGAACUUAAUUUAUUGGUAAAUUCUUGUUAUAUUUGCACUGCAUAAAAGGACCAUAUGAUGAAAACGACAACCAAUGCUAUCUUGUGGAGUUAUUUUUAGGAAAUGUUUGUCCAUAUUUAGCUAAACUCUCCUUGUUAUUUAUUCUGUGUGGGCGUGUUCUUAUCAGGGGAGGUCAUUAGCGUGCGGCAAAAGCUCUUUUUCUUUCUUUAACGCUUUUAUUCAAACAAGUGGACACAAACAGGCUGGUGAGGAAAUGAAAAACUGAAUAUGGAGAUGAAAGUGAAAAAAAAAAUCAUUCUAAAUUACGAAGCAGGAACCGGCAUUAACAGUGCUGGUCUUGACCUCUUUUAUGUUAUUUCCUGUUUUGAAAAGCUAUUCUGAAACGCUAAAGUAAAUGAAGCACAAUACAUUGCACGCAAACUGUUCCGAGUUGUUUUAAAUGUAAUGAAAUUAGCUCUGUUACACCUCAUAUAACAAGUUCAAAAUCUGGACCGAGAAAAAAAUAACUCGUUGGCUGAGAUGACACAUUUUCUUCAACCACAAGUGCUUUUUAAUAUUGAAAACUGAAUAAUCACUCACCACAUAAGACUGAAGUGUUGUGAAAUUAAAACUGUUGUAAUAAUCCACACUGGGAGGUAAAGUCGGGGAGGGAGUAAAGGGGUGAUUGUUAUGUUGUACAUGUGAUCAUGAAAUAAAAAGAAAAUACUGCUCU